AUGGUGUACGAGACGAGCAAGGACACCGAGUUGAGUAUCUCUCCUCACUACGGGACUGGAAAUGAGAACAUGGAAUCAAAAGUAAGCUCAGCACGAGUUGGCGAGCUGGGCUUCGAGGAGUAUACCCAAGGAGGCCUCGGUCGGCAUCUGGGUGUUUUCUCGACGAUUCUCCUCAUGUUCGUCUUCCUACCCAUAUCCCUCUUACUAUCUACGAAUGGCGACUUACCAAAUUCUCUUAGUGUCGGCCGUAUCAUCGGCACGGGGAUCUUCUCAACACCAUCCUCAAUCACCAGCAGCGCAGGCAGCGUCGGCGCGGCAUUACUCCUCUGGGUUCUCGGUCUUCUCCUUGCUGGCUCGGGUCUAGCAGUAUGGCUGGAACUGGGGUGCAUGAUCCCUAGAAGUGGAGGCGAAAAGGUCUACCUGGAGGCCGCGUACCGUCGACCGAAACUACUAAUUACUGUCGUCUUUGCCGUACAAGCCGUUGCACUAGGCUUUACAGCCUCCGGAUGCAUCGUUUUUGCUUCGAACAUGGUCGUCGCAUCUGGCAAAGAGGCGACCGAGUGGGAGGAGCGCGGCAUAGCCAUCGCAGUCAUCAGCUUCAUUACCCUUCUCCACGUCUUCCUCCCUAGCUGGGGUGUGCGCGGUAUGAACGCGAUUGGCGUGAUGAAAGUCGUCCUCCUUCUAUUCAUUGUCGUCACCGGCUGGGUGGUGCUGAGCGGUCGUGUCCACAGCGUCCCUGAUCCAUAUGCCAGUUUUCACAAUUCCUUUGCUGGCUCGGCGACCUCGAGUAACCUUUACGCGACGGCGCUGUUCAAGGUCCUCAAUUCCUUUGCCGGCUGGUCCAACGCGGCCUAUGUACUUAAUGAGAUCCGCAAUCCAGUGCAAACGCUCAAGGUCGCCGCUCCAACGGGUUUGGGUAUUUGCGGUGUGCUCUAUCUCCUCGCAAACGUUGCGUACUACGCCGCUGCUACCCCUGAGGAAAUCGCCAACAGCGGGACCACGGUCGCAUCUUACUUCAUGGGAAAGGUGUUUGGAACAGCGGCCGAACGCGCUUUGAGUGUCCUCGUCGCGAUAUCCGCCUUCGGCAACGUCAUGACGGUAACAUUCGCCCAAGCCCGCGUAAACCAAGAACUCGCGAAGGAAGGCGUGAUUCCCUUCCCGACAUUCUGGGCCUCAUCCUGGCCCUUCGGGUCACCCUCCGCUGGCCUGCUACUUCACUUCAUCCCGUCGUUGAUUGUCAUCGUCGCGAUCCCCUUCGGUGACGCCUACAACUUCAUCCUCGAUCUCGAAGGCUACCCCUCCUCAAUCAUCAAUCUUCUCGUGGUUGCUGGUCUAUUCUACCUCCGAUACUCAGAACCGCAGCUCCCCCGCCCAUUCAAGGUCUUCUGGCCUGUCGCUGUGUUCUUCAUGGCCGGUCAGGCCUUCCAGGUUGUUGCGCCGUUUAUCAGGCCACCCGGUGGCAAGGGGGAUACGAGCCUGCCGUAUUGGUUGUACCCAGUUGUAGGCAUUGCGGUGCUUGCUGCGGGUGUCGUGUAUUGGGCCGUUUGGCAGGUGGUGCUCCCUUGGCUUGGUGGGUAUAGGCUUGUGCCUGAGCAUGUAGUUCUCAACGAUGGCACGACGGUGGCAGUUUACCGGAAGGUCAUGAAAGUGGAAUAG